CAUAUUUUUAACAGCAUCUGGUGUUCUUUGUGAAUCGCUCUAUGCUGUGAAGCCAUGGCAUUGAAGUUGAUUUGUGGUUGUCUUCUGGCAGUUUCCCUGCUUGGUUGCGUCGCUGGUGAUGUUAAUAUCCAGCCGCCUCAGUGGCCAACCAAGCCUCAGUGGCCACAGCUGCCGCCGCCACAGCAGCCAACCAAGCCUCAGUGGCCACAGCAGCCACAGAAGCCACAGCAACCACAGCAGCCAACCAAGCCUCAGUGGCCACAGCAGCCACAGCAGCCACAGCAGCCACAGCAGCCAACCAAGCCUCAGUGGCCACAGCAGCCACAGCAGCCACAGCAGCCAACCAAGCCUCAGUGGCCACAGCAGCCACAGCAGCCAGAGCAGCCAACCAAGCCUCACUGGCCACAGCAGCCACAGCAGCCCACACUGCCUCAGAAGCCUCAGCAGCCGACAGAGGCAUUUCACUCUUGUGAAGUGGCUGAACAGUACAAGAUACAGUGCGGAGCUCCAGACAUCACUGCUUCACAAUGUAACGCUAUAAACUGCUGCUUUGAUGGACAAAUGUGCUAUUAUGGAAAAUCUGUUACUCUUCAGUGCACUAAGGACGGCCAGUUCAUCGUGGUAGUGGCGAGAGACGCCACCAAACCAAGCCUUGACUUGGAGUCAGUAACUUUGCUUGGAAAUGAUCCAGCCUGCAGUCCUGUUGGCACAACUUCAGCUUUUGCCAUCUACCAGUUCCCUGUCACUGCCUGUGGCACUGUCAUGACGGAGGAGCCUGGGUUAAUAAUCUAUCAGAACCAGAUGUCCUCCUCUUAUGAAGUCUCUGUUGGACCAAAUGGAGCCAUUACCAGAGACAGCAGCUUUCAGCUCGUUUUCCAGUGUAGGUAUGUUGGCACCUCAGUUGAGGCUCUCAUCGUUGAGGUUGGCCUGGUCCCUCCACCACCCCCAGUUGCUGCUCUUGGACCACUGAGCGUGGAGCUGAGGCUGGCCAAUGGAGUGUGUACUACCAAGGGUUGUGCGGAAGAGCUUGUGGCCUACAACUCAUUUUACCAGGAUUCCAACUACCCGGUUCAAAAGGUGCUCAGGGAUCCUGUAUACGUUGAGAUCCGAAUUAAGGAGAGGACUGACCCCAACCUGGUUUUGACUCUUGGAAGAUGCUGGGCUACUGCUGAUCCCUCUCCUUAUAGUCUUCCUCAGUGGGACUUGCUGAUUGGAGGCUGCCCAUACCGUGAUGACCAUUACACAACCGCCCUGAUCCCUGUUGGUGCCUCAUCAGGCGUCCAGUUCCCAACCCACUACAGACGUUUUGUGUUUAAGAUGUUCACAUUUGUGGGUUCUGGAAGUGCCAAUCCCUCCAAGGACGUUGCUAAGGGAAAACCUGCCGAUCCACGGGGUAUGGUUCCUCUCCAAGUAAAGGUGUAUAUCCACUGCAACACAGCUGUGUGCCACCCCUCUCUUGCAAAUACAUGUGAACCUCAGUGCUUGACGAGAAACAGGAGAGACAUUGCUGCAUCUAUCCAGACGAACUCCAGACCUGAAACCAUUGUGGUGAGCAGUCAGGAGCUUAUCAUCAUUGACCGAAGCCAGAGAACUAAGUAACAACAUGCAGAUCUGUUUUCUUAUGCUUAAUGAAAAGUGAUGAUUGAAGGUUUUAAAUAAAUCUCCAUGUUGAUAUACCAUGUUAUCCGAUCUUAUACAAUGUCAAUUAGAUAUAUGGUCUACACUGUGAACUCACAGAAAUAAAAGUUAAUAUUAAUACUGCA